CUUCCACUCCGCGGCUCCCCCUCCAUCCCCGUGACUCCGCGACGGAGAAGACAAACGAUGACGCCUCCCGGCCAACUGCUCCCCUUGACCCGCCCGCCUCCGCCGCCUCCCGCUCCUCCCGUCCUCUCCAGCCGCCGCAGCCAGUGCCCGCCUCCCGCCCACGCGCACGCCCGAGGCUCGCCUCCGCCUCUAUGGCGGGCCCACCGUCUCAACGACCGCUUCCUGCAUCCUCCUCGGCAGUUCCGGGCUCCGGCCAGGCCCCCUCGCGCUCCAACACCUCCGGGGGUUUCGGCCUCCGGAGGAGGCGAGGCUCAGGCGGCGGCGGUGGCGGAGUUCGUGACGUCUGAGAGGGUGAAGGUGGCGGCGAUGCUGGGGCUGGCCCUCGCGCUCUGCAACGCCGACCGCGUCGUCAUGUCCGUCGCCAUCGUGCCGCUCUCCCAGGCGUACGGUUGGACACCUUCAUUCGCCGGCGUCGUGCAGUCAUCCUUUCUUUGGGGAUACCUGAUGUCGCCUAUAAUUGGUGGAGCACUUGUUGACUACUAUGGUGGAAAGCGAGUCAUGGCUUAUGGUGUAGCAUUAUGGUCCUUGGCUACAUUCCUAUCUCCUUGGGCUGCUGGUCGCUCUAUCUGGUUGUUUCUCUUUACCAGAGUUUUGCUGGGUAUUGCAGAAGGAGUGGCACUCCCAAGCAUGAACAACAUGGUGUUGAGGUGGUUUCCUAACACAGAGAGAUCUAGUGCUGUGGGUAUUGCAAUGGCUGGCUUUCAGCUUGGCAAUACCAUUGGGUUACUUCUUUCCCCAAUUAUCAUGUCACGAACUGGAAUAUUUGGACCCUUUGUGAUAUUUGGAUUAUUUGGAUUUCUGUGGGUGUUGGUGUGGAUACCAGCUAUAUCUGGCACACCUGGUGAACAUGCACAGAUAUCAGCAUAUGAACUGGAGUAUAUAACCAAAGGUCAGAAAUUGGUCAAACCUCCAAUCGGGAGUGCAAAAACAAAGAAGGUUCCCCCUUUCAGCAAACUACUUUCCAAAUGGCCAACAUGGGCUUUGAUCAGUGCAAAUGCCAUGCAUAGCUGGGGUUAUUUUGUCAUCCUUUCAUGGAUGCCAGUCUAUUUUAAAACAAUAUAUCAUGUCAAUCUGAGAGAAGCUGCAUGGUUCAGUGCACUCCCCUGGGUGAUGAUGGCAGUUUUAGGUUAUGUGGCUGGUCUUGUCUCGGACAUGCUUAUUAGAAAUGGUACAAACAUUACUUUAACACGGAAGAUAAUGCAGUCAAUUGGCUUUCUAGGACCUGGUAUUGCUUUGCUUGGUCUGAAUGCAGCAAAGAGUCCGAUUAUUGCUUCAGCAUGGCUUACAAUUGCUGUUGGUCUGAAAUCCUUUGGCCACUCAGGUUUCUUAGUAAAUUUACAGGAGAUUGCCCCACAAUAUGCUGGAGUCCUACAUGGAAUGUCAAAUACAGCUGGGACAUUUGCUGCCAUUUUAGGAACUGUUGGAGCAGGGUUUUUUGUUGAUCGGAUGGGUUCUUUCCGUGGGUUUUUGAUACUGACGUCGCUUCUGUACUUCAGUAGUGCUCUUUUCUGGGAUAUAUUUGCUACUGGAGAGCGUGUUGACUUUGAUGGCACUGGCUAGCGCCUCAGAGGAACUCUACAGUUUCUAUCCAGCACAAAAUGAUGAUUCAGAACAAAGCGUUACCGCCCCCUCUUAGAAACCCUCGAGUUCUAUGCACAUGGAGAGCUGAAGUUGUGACUGUACAGCGCAAGGUAUGCAGUGAGCUUAUCUUGGAAGUCAAAUAUCAGUGAUGGUGAACACAUGGAACCGGCUUUGAAGAUCAUGUUAGAUUUUCUUGUAGGGCAAGUCCGAAAUGUGUUAUAGUCAAUGAAAUUGAAGGUGUAACUUAGAAUAAAUAACAGGGUAGGAGCCUGACCAUCCAUGGCGCCAAAACCAGUAGAGAAACUGAUUUGCAGGCUAGUUGGAGGCUGGGAAUCCAGCAUGGAUUAUGAUAACAGGUGUUUCAAAACACAGGAAACUUGAGUGUAAAUGCCACGAAAUAAGUGGUGAGGUUUUAAAAUCCUGAAGAAUCAUGAGGGUUUUGGGGAUAUU